AUGGCUGGGCAUGGAGCUACCGGAGGAGGAGGAGCUGCUGUGGCUGGCCCAUCCCCUGUCACCCCCCUCUCCACCCCCUGCCACCCCCUUUUCCCUACGUCCCUCGUGCCGCCCCUGUGUGCUGUGCCCUCCGCCUCCCCUGCUCCCCGGCAGACAUAUUGGAACAUUCUCGAGUACGCGCAAUGGCUGGGCAUGGAGCUACCGGAGGAGGAGGAGCUGCUGUGGGUGGCGCGGCAGGGGCUCAAGGCGCCGCUGCCGCCCAACUGGAAGCCAUGUCGCACAGACGACGACGAGAUAUACUAUUUCAACUUCCAGACGGGCGAGAGCGUGUGGGACCACCCCUGCGACGACCACUACAGAGCCCUGUACACGGAUGAGAAGAACAAGCUCAAGGCGGCAAAGGCAGCAGCAGCAGCCACCACGGAGGCGCACGGUCCGGAGGCGCAAGGUCGUGCCCAAGGGCUCAAGAGACGCCUCUUUCGGAGGCGCAAGGUCGUCCCCAAGGGCUCAAGAGACGCCUCUCCCGAUUCGCCAAACGCAGCCCCACCCACCCUCGCCCUUCCCUGCCGUCCCAUGCGUGCAGGAGUGCCACAGGGGCGGGGGCGCCUCUCCAUCACAGACAGCUCAGAGGAUGAUAGAGGCAUGGCGCGCGCCGCUGCUGCUUCCCAGCAGCAGAUGCGGCUUCAGCAGCAACAGCAGCAGUUUCAGCAGCAGCAGCAGCAGCAGCAGCAGCAGCAGCAGCAGCAGCAGCAGCAGCAAAGACAGGGGAGACAACAGCAGCAGCAGCAGCAGCAGCAGCAGGAGCAAGGGCAAGGGGGUAACCAGCAGAGCAGGAGGCCACCGGCCGGGUCGGGAGCAGGGGGAGGGGCAGGUGGGGGUUCAGGUGCUGGCGAUAGGGGAGCUGGAGGUGGAGGUCCGGCGGCUGGAGGGCCGGCGGCAGGUUCGGCAGGAGGUUCGGGGCAGGAGGUAGAGCUGCUGCAUCAAGUCACGUGGUCUCCAGAACCUGGGCAGGGUCGGCGGUCUCCCAUGGCUAGCUCUCUGACUCGGGCGGGGUCUAUGGGGGCUGCUAUCAAAGGGAAGCCUACAGUUCUGGAAGAAACGGAUGGGGGCGGCAGAGGAGGGGCAGAGGGUUACCACCAACAGCAGCAACAGCAGCAGCAGAAGCAUGGGAUGGUGCCUCGGAGGUCCGGAGGAGUGCCGAACCAGAACCAGGAGGUUCGGCGAGGAGGAGGAGCGGCAGGGGGUGGUGGGGAGGGUGGGGGCAGGGGGGAAGCAGGCAGCAGCAGAAGACCAGGGAGUUCCGAUAGGGGGGGAGGGGAAGUGGGGGGAGGAGGAGCGGGAGCGGUGGGAGCAGGCGUGAGUGGUGUGGGGGUUGCUGUGAAAGGGGGAGCAGAGGGGAGGGAGGGCAGGGAGGGGAGGGAGAGGAGGGAAGAGCGAGGAGAAGGAGUGGGGGGAAGGCAGGAGGGGGAGGGGAAGGAGAGGCGGAGGUCUUUGGAGGGGCGGGGGAGUGGCACGGGGGGGGAGAGGGCGGGGGAGAGAUCUGCAGAGAGGGGGGAUCCGAGGGAUGGGCGGGGGGGAGAGGGGGCAGGGAGAGGAGGGCCAAAGAGAACGAGCAGCACAGAUGCCCAGGGGGGAGUGGGUAACAGUCAGGGAAGCAGUCAGGGCAUGCAGGGUUACUCAAGGGGAGGAGCGGGUGAUGCGAGUCAAGAUGCACAGCAGAGAGAAACAUACCAUCCUCCCACCAUGCCGUCUCUCCCCCUUGCCCUCUCUGCCCAUUCCAUCCCCACUCUCACACCAUCGAUUCCCUCCCUGCCUCCACAUCCCCCAUCAUCUGCCCAACCCCCCUCACUCUCCCUCCCUUCCCCGGCCUUGUUUCAGGUGCCCGGGCAACACAGUCCGCUGCAGGCUUUUGAGACGUCUCAAAAGUUGCCCAACCCCCUCUCCCUCCCUCCCUUCCCCGGCCUUGUUUCAGGCGUUUCUGGUGCAGGUGGUGGUGGUGGUGGUGCAGGUGGUGCUGCUGGUGGUGCUCGCAAGGCGUCUGGGCUGGCUGAUGGGCGGCUUGCAGGGGGGGCGCAAGGGGGAGGCGCAGUGCAAGGGACGGUGCAGGCGGGUGGAUCUGGUGGUUUACUGGCGGCUGCAGCAGUGGAGAGACAGAAGCGGGAAGGAGAGGAGGCGGCGGGUAAAGGAGGGCCAGCUAAGGAGCGUGAGCCUCUUGGUCCGGAGCCCAAGGAUAAAGACGCUGAUGCUGAGGUAUGGAGGAGUGUGGCUGGUUAUGGAGUGGUGUCAGGGGGUAUGGCUGUGGGUGACUCGCUUAAGGGAGGCAGCAGCAGCGGCACAGAGGCGCAUAGCACGGAUGACGAGGUAACACGCCUUCGCGAGGCAGCAGCAGCAGCACAGAGGCGAAUAGCACGGUACGAGGCGGAGUGUGACGGGCGGCUGGCAAAGCUCAAGGCGGAGAGGGAGGCGCUGGUGAGGCGCAGAGAGGCGGAGAUCACCCGGCUAGCCGAGCAGCUGGGCACGCCUUUUGAUGCGGGGGCACUCACACAGGCUCGUAGUGUAGCAGUGGACGAGGGGAGGGCGCUCAUCACACGGGAACGUGAUGCAGCGGUGGCAGCAGCCAAGGAGGAGGUGGAGCGGGAGAGGCAGCGAGCCAUGGCCGUGCUCCGAGAGGAAGCUUCCCUGAAGGUGGCUCUGGAGCGGCGGCACCUGCAGGUGGAUCCUCAGGUGGUGGCGCUGGUGAAUCUGGAGGAGGUGGCCCGGCAGCAGGAGUUUCUCAACCGCUGGCGGGCGGCUCUGGAGCAGGAGAAUGUGAGUGGGGGGAUGGAGGGUACAGGUAUGGGGAUAGGAGGAGCAGGUGAGGGGGGAGGGGGGGUGCAGAUGAGAGCAUAUGGGCUGGGAUGGGAGGUGUUGGUGAAUCUGGAGGAGGUGGCCCGGCAGCAGGAGUUUCUCAACCGCUGGCGGGCGGCACUCGAGCAGGAGAAUGUGAGUGGGGGAACGGAGGGUACAGGAGGUGGCUCGGCAGCAGGAGUUUCUCAACCGCUGGCGGGCGGCAGUGGAGCAGGAGAAUGGGAUGGAGGUGAGGGGGUGGGGGGUGGAGUGGAGCCGCAAGUCCUAGCGAGAUGGAAGGCCGCGGCAACGGAGGAAGAGCAGCGAAUGCUGGACCUCGCCCGGAGAGAAGCAGCAGCACGCGUGGAGCGAGUGGUAGAGCAGGAGGAGCGAAGAGAGCGGGAAUCCACCCUCAAGGGAAUCCGAGAGCGCGUGCGGGCGAAGCUAGGGGAAGAGGAACGGCGGAUCGUUGCCCAGGAACGGGCGGAAAUGGCUUCUCGUGUUGCCGAAGCUGUCGCGGAGGAGCGGGAGCGGCUCGUGGAGGCUCGGCGGAAGGAGGUGCUGGAUCGGGCGGAGCGGGAGGCUGGGGAGGAGGCGGAGAGGAGGAGACAGGCUCGGUUGCUGGAGGCUUGGAGGAGAGUAGAGGCUGAGGUGGAGGGGGUGCAAGAGGAGGGGUGGGAAAGUGUGGUGGGGAGGGCGAGGGGAGUUGCAGAGGAGGCUGGGAUUGCAAUGGAUGGAGAGAAGGGGAAGCUGCUAGAGAUUGUGCGGUGGUCGCUGGAGGAGGAGAGGAAAGAGUUGAGUGAACAGAGAGUGGCUGAGGUGGUUGAAGCGUUAAAGGAGGAAGAGAGGGAGGUUGUAGCGCGGAUGAAGAAGGAGAAGGGGGUGAAUGGGGAGCUGGUGGGUGCUGAUGGGGUUGGAGGUGCUGUGAGCGCUGCUUUGAAGGCCCGGGCAGAGGAGGAAGCUGCUGGCAAGCUGGAGAGGCUGAGGAAGGAGGCGGAGGAGAGAGUGAGGGAGCAGGUGAGAGGAGAGGAGGCUGCGUUGCUGGCUAGAAGGAGAGGGGAGAUGGAGCAGAGGGCGGAAGCGCUGGGUAGAGGAGGGAAGGGCGCGGUGAUUCAGCUAGAGAAGGAUUUAUUGGAAGGGGAGCUAGGGGAGAAGAUUGCGUUGAUGAGGAAAGAGGCGGAAGAGAGGGAGGUGCGGGAAAGGGAGAGGCUUAAAGCGAGUAUAGAGAGGCGGCUAGAGGAGGCUGUGGAGGGGGAAGAGAGGGCAAUGGAGGGUGUGGUGGAGGAGAGGAAGAAGGAGAUGAGAGAGAGGGCUAGGAGGGCAGUGCAGGAGGAAGAGAAGAAGCUUCUAGAGGAGAUGCGAGCGCAGGUUCGGAAGAAGGUGGAGGAUAGGUUCGGUGCCGAGGCUGAGAGCUGGGCAGGUUCGGUGAGGGAGGAGUUGAUGGAGCAGGCGAAGAGGGAGGUAGAGGAGGAGGUAGAGGAGUGGCGGAGGAAGGAGUUGGCUGGUGCUGGGGUGAAGGGGAGUGGGAGGAAGGGUAGGAAGAGAGGAGGGAAGAAGGGGAAGGUGGACGGGGGAGAGGAGGAGGAUGAGGAUGGGGAGGAGGAGGAAGAGGAGGAGUUGGAAGAAGAGAGGGAGGUGAGGAGGCAAGAGAUGAUGGAGGAAUUGGAAGAGGAGGUUGAGACAGAGAAGCAGAGGCGGUGGGAGGAGAUGGAGGAGGAACUUAUCGGCCAAUGGGAGGCCAAGAAAGAGGAGCGGCUUGCUGAGCUGGCGCGGAAAGUGGACGCUGACGUGGCAGAGGGGUAUGAGAAGUUGAGAAGGGAGAAGGAGGAGGAGAUUGAGAGGAAGAUCUGGGAGCAGAAGGUUGCUGAGGUGGACGGGCAGAUUGGAAAGUUGCUGGAGGAGGAACGGGCAGUUCGGCUCCAAGCUGCCCGGAAAGUCAUGGAUGCUUCGUUAAGAAAGCAAAUCGCGAGUGAGAGGGAGGAGAGUCUGGGGCAGAUGAGGAAGGAGUGGGAUGAGAUGGAACCAGAGCAGCAGGAGGCGUGGGUGGUGCAGCAGAGGGAGGAGAAGGGGCGGCGGAUGGAAGAAGAGAUGAAGAGGCGGGUAGAAGAGGAAGUGAGGGAUUAUAGAGAGAGAAUGCUGGCGACAGUGGCGGCAGAGGAGACGGAGGUACGGUCGAGAGAGAGCAACAAGAGAGACCUGGUGAGGAUCGAGCGGGAGUAUAAGCGGCAGAGGCAGGAAAUGGAACUGAGGGCGUCGCAUGCUCUAGAGGCGUUUAGAACGGAUCUGAGCGUGAGGCUGGAGAGAGAGAAGUUGAGACUAAGACGGGAAGCGAAGCAUGCUUUAGAGAGGUAUGAGAUCGAGCUGGAUAUUAAGGUGGAGAAAAAGGUGGAGUCUAUGAGGGUGGAUCUGCAGAUUAGGUUAGAGGCGAUGCGGAGGGAGAUGGAGGUGACUCUGAGGAAGAAGGUAGAGGAGGAGAGAGUGAGACGGCUGGAGAUUCUGAGUCGCGAGUUGAAGGCGGAAGAGAGGGAGAUGAGGCGAGGUUGGAGGGAGCUUAUGGCGCAGGAGGAAGCCAAGGUGCGAAGGCGGUACGAGCAGAGGAGGAAUCUGCUGAGUAAUGCACUAGAGAGCGAGUCGAGUGGUGUGGAGGGGAGAGGGGGCGGUGUGGGGGGAGAGGAUGGGAAGCAGCAGGGGAGGAGGGGAGCAAAUCGGAACCCGCACCAGCAGGUUGGGUUCGGCGGGUUAGGUUCGGGCGGGGUGCGGGGGAUGGGAGGGGGGAUGGGGGGUGGCGGAGGAGGGAUGUUUGGCGGGAUGGGGAGUGGGAUGGGGGGGAUGGGGGGGAUGAGGUUGAUGGAUGGGAGUGGGGGAAGUGGAGGCGGAUUCAGGCUUCUAGAGGUGGCUAAUGAGAAGGUGGGUGGGGGCGGGGAGGGUAUGGGAGGGAGAGGAGGAGCGGGAGGAGCGAGAGGGAGAGUGGGAGGCGGUGGAGGGAUGGGAGGGAUGGGAGGGGGCGUAGGGGGAAUGGGUGGGGGUAAUAUGGGUGGGUCGUGGUUGGACGAGCUAAGGAGUGGCGGAGAAUCAGAUGUGAGUUUGAGUCAUGGGUUGAGUGCUAGCAGGGAGUUUGAACCAGGGACAGGGGAGGACAGAGGGAGGAGAGGCAGAGGGAAGGGGUUGCGGAGGAGAGGGGAGGGUGGGGACGGGGAAGAGGGAGAGGAGGAGGAGGAGGAAGAGGGAGAAGGGGAGGAGGAGGAAGAGGAGGGAGAGGGGUUGGAUCUGGGGCAGGGGCGAGGGGGGCUAGGGGGAAUGGUGGAGGAGGGAGGGUCGAUGUCUGAAGAGCCAGAGCAGCUGGAGGGACAGCACGACCGGCAGCAGCAUCAUCAGCAGCAGGAGAAACUCAACGCAGCAGGAGCAUCAGGAGCAGCAGCAGCGGCAGCGGCAGCGGCGGCGGCAGGUGGGGCAGCGGCAGGAGGGGCUGCAGCAGGGGCAGGGGCAGGGACGGGGGCGGCGGCAGCGGGUGGAGAGGUGGGUGUGAGUGCAGCGAGUGGGCUUGGGAGUGCUGAGCCGGAUCGAUCGGACGAGGCUGAUAGCAAGAAGGAUGUGGACUCACUCCCCCCAGAGGCCACAGGGGGAGGUGGUGCAGCAUGGGGCGCAGGGGGGGAGCGGGGAGAGCGGGGGGAGAGGGGGGAGCGGGGGGAGGUUGGGGCGGAUGGGGCUGGCGGGGUGGAUGUCGGGGGGAGAGACGGAGGAGGAGGGGGGAAGGCGGGGGGAGAAGCAGCAGUGGCCGGCGCAGCAGGGGCAGGGGGGGAAGGGCAAGGAGUAGCAGCAGUAGGCUUGGGACCACACCCACUGGGAUCUCCUGACGAUUCGGGAAGCAACUUCGGGGAAAGUUCCUCGGAGCUCCCGAGGUUGACGUUGGGGGUGGCGGGCGGGGAGGGGGAGGGCGCGGGGCUGGCGGGGGAUUGGAUGGGGCGGGGGUGGGCGAAGCCGGGGCAGAGGCGGUCGAGGAAUCGCAACAGCGGGAAGGCAGCACGACAGCCGAACGACGUCGCGGAUUAUUACUCCGAGUGGAGCGAGUCGGGGUCUGACCUGGUGAGCUCUUCAGUUCCUCUCAACCGUUCUCCACUCCACUCACAUCCUCUCAACGCUUCGCAACUCCCUCUGAACUCCUCUCUACCCCUCUCGACGCCUCUAAGUUCUGAGCUAGCGGACAGGGAGUUCAGGCCAGGGGGCGGCAGGAAGGGGAUGGACAACGGAGACGAGCUCUUUGAUGAGGAAGGCGUGCCCUUCAGUGAACGAGCAUCCAUGGUGGAGCAAGCAAAGCUGUUUGCAGCGGAGCAGCAGAAAUACCUCAAGGAGCGCCAGGCUGUCAUCGAAGCCGCCCGGCAGGACUGGCAGCGCCAGAUGGCUGCCGCCCAGGAGGUCUCAGAUGAGGACGACAGACGCCGCCGCAUCCAGCACCUGACGGAUCUUAAAGCCACGUUGGACCAGCACGUUAGAGAGUUGAAUGAUGACGCCAGGCAUGUUAGUCAACUCAAGAAGAAUCUGCUAAGCUUUUCGAGGAAUGGGGCGAAUAGUGGGGCAGGGAGUGGGCCCGGUGCGGGGAGUGGUGGUGGGAGCGGGGAUUUCGGGAGGGGAGGGAGGGGAGGGAGAGGGGAGGGAGGUAGGAGGGAGGGGGGAGUGGGAGGGAGGGGAGGCGCGGGCGGGAGAGGGGAGGGGGGCGUGGGGAUUCCGCCAGGUGGCGGCGUGAGAUUGGAUCAGAAUGGGCCGCUGUUGAACUUCCCGCCGGAUGCGAUUAUGUCCCGAGCCUCGUCGUUUGCUUCGGCGAGCAUGGGUCGGGAGAGCUUUGAUAUUGAUGAGAUGAUGGGCGGGCUAGGGCUGGAAGGGCCCUGGUCCAGACCUAGCCCCCGAAGCAGCCUCGGAGGCACGGGGGACAUGAUGGGAGGAGGUUCGGGUGGAGGAGGAGUGGGGCCGGGCGCGAGAGGGGCUGGGAUGGGGGGGGGAGCAGGGGGGGGAAGUGCAGGCUUGGGGAUGGGAAUGGGGAUGGGGAUGAGGGGCGGCAGUGGUGGUGCCAGCAGUAGUAUGGGGGGAAGGGGAUUCGGUGGGGGGAUGGGAGCAGGAAUGGGUGGGGGGGGGAUGGGUCGAGGAGGUGGGAUGGGGGGAGGAGGGAUGGGGGGAGGAGGGAUGGGGGGGAUGGGAAUGGGGGGAGGUGGGAUGGGGGGAGGGCUGGGGGGAGGGCUGGGGGGAGGGCUGGGGGGAGGGAUGGGGGGAGGGCUUGGAGGCAGGGACUCGUGGUUUGAUGAGGUGUACGGGUCUAGCUCUGCUGUUACAUCGCCCACUCUCUCCCCGCCCGGCAUUGCGGGCAGAAAUAUCUUCCAGGGGGAGCGCAGGAAUAGGGAAGCGGCUCGAGCAGCAGGCAGUGGCAGCGGCGGCGGCGGUGGUGGUGGGGGGGGUGGGGGAGGGGUUGCUGGUGGUGGUGGUGGUGGGGGUGGUGGUGGUCUAUUUUCUCUUGACGACUCACCCACAGCUCGUGACAUGGACGGGCGGGGCGACUUGAGGGCUGAAGGAAGGGUGGAGGGGAGGGUGGGUCGGGAUAUGGAGGGGAGGGAAGGGCGUGAGGUGGAGGGGCGAGGAGGGAGGGAGGCGGGCGGGAGAGCAACGGCGGCUGGGCAUCGGUUGUCGAAGCUGCAAGACGAAUCGGGUGUUGGGAGUGGCAGCGGCAGGGAGCAGGUGGGUGAAACACCGACUCAGGUGAGCAGGUGUUGGGAGUGGCAGCGGCAGGGAGGGAGCAGGUGGGUGAAACACCGACUCAGGCGUCUCGGCAAAGAGGAGCGCACAGCAGCUCGGGUCAGCAUCAGCAGGGCCGCCGCUCCUCGAUGGAUGGAUGAGCUCUUAGAACAGACACCUCGAGUCAACUAA